AGACAACAAAAACAUGCCGACAUCGACCAUUUGAGAACAUAAUGCUCCAAAAAAGGGUAACGCGUCUAACCAGAAGUUGAACACCUGGUUUGGAGUAAUAAGGUCCCUUAGGGGCUAGAACCCCCCGGCGAAGAUGGACAAGGCGACGGUCUCAGCUGGGAGCAAGGCUCCGUCAUCAGCGCCUUCGAGAUUCACCUCGUUCUUCCAACGGCCAUUUCCACUCUACUUCUCGGCAGCCCUGCUUCGCCUAGUUUUUCUCCUCUACGGGUUGUGGCAGGAUGCAAACUCGGCAGUCAAGUACACCGACAUCGACUACCUCGUUUUCACCGAUGCCGCCCGCUUCGUGUCUCGCGGCCAGAGCCCCUAUGAGCGGGAAACAUACCGCUACACGCCCGUGCUGGCCUGGCUCCUGCUCCCCACGGCCCGCACGACUGGACAUGCGCUAUGGGAUGUCGCCCUGUUCAGCCUGGGCAAGGUCCUCUUUGCCGUCGCCGAUCUGGUGGCCGGGUGGCUGCUGGAGCGUGUCCUGGUCCGGGCCCAGUCCAUGGACGCCGCCACAGCCCGCAAGUCUGCAGCCAUCUGGCUGCUGAACCCCAUGGUGGCUACCAUCAGCACGCGGGGCAGUUCCGAGGGUCUACUGGGCGUGCUGGUCAUGGCCCUGCUGUGGGCCGUCAUGGCAAGGCGCAUCACCCUGGCCAGUGUGCUGCUGGGAUUCGGGGUGCAUUUCAAGAUCUACCCCUUUAUCUACGCCCCAGCAAUUGUGUGGUGGAUGGACCGCGAGAGGAUGGGCGCCGGGGAGACCAGGCCCUCGACUGCAAAGAGCCCAUGGCUCAACAAUCUGAUAGCCUUCUUCAACCCAUUUCGGAUCCAGCUAGCCGCCAUCAGCCUAGCAACCUUUUUCGGCCUCAACUCAGUCAUGUUCAUCCUCUACGGCCCUCCUUUUCUAACACACACCUACCUGCACCACGUGAGCCGCAUCGACCACAGGCACAACUUCAGCCCCUACAAUACACAGCUCUAUCUAGCCUCAGCAUUUCCUAGCACCAGCAAACUCCGUGUUGAGUCAGUCGCCUUCCUCCCCCAGCUGGCCCUCUCGUGCGUGCUGGUGCCCCUGGUCCUGGCAAAAAAGGACCUGCCCGCCUCCAUGCUCGCCCAGACCUUUGCCUUUGUCACCUUCAACAAGGUCUGCACCAGCCAGUAUUUCCUCUGGUACAUGGUUUUGCUGCCUUUGUAUCUCCCCCGGUCCUCCUUCCUCCAGGACAAGCGAUGGGGUAUGACCGCCCUCGUCUUGUGGGUUGCUACGCAGGGUACGUGGCUACAGCAGGGGUAUGAGUUGGAGUUUCUAGGGAGAAGCACCUUCCUGCCAGGCCUGUGGCUAGCCUCGCUGGGGUUUUUCCUGGUCAACUGCUGGAUUCUGGGCGUCAUCAUCGACGAUGUGCAAGGCCAGUCUGUUUGAGAUCUCAGUGGAAUUUAGAGUUUAGAUUGCGUACGUACAUAUAUUUGUGCAGUUGCUUUCUCAACCAAGAUUUGAAAUCGACCCAACAUUAUCUCGUCAUGCACUACACUCCCUGCAUACCUACACAGACUUCCUCAAUCCUGA